AUGGCAAGUUAUGACCCAUUUGCUUUGAAAGCAAGCGGUUGUGAGCAGAAAAAACCACCCGCCUGGUUUGAACUAGGCAAAAGUCUGCUAACGCUCACGUUUGCCGCGGGCGCCGAUCAAGAACCCUAUAGCCCGGACUCAUUUUGGAUAAACGCCGGAUCCGAAACCUCCAGCACACGGGUCAAGCGAAGCAGGCCCGUUGAAGCCGUUUCCACGACUAGCGCUGGCACCUCUGAUGACGUUCGGGCGGCUGGACGGAGCGAAACGGAUAGGCAGGUCCCUGUUCAAGAGCCCCGAAACGAGCCGAAAGGUCCCGGCUGCUUCUUCCCGCCGCCAAUAGACGACCGAGUUUUGUGUGUUUGCGCUUUUAUUGCUCGGAACUUCACAGGUCCUGAUAUUGAAAUCGAGGCCAAGCUGGGAACAGUUAUUGAUCUGUCCACCAGAGAACGGGCUGUCCUACCUGGCUGCGCCACUGCGGCCUGCCUCCAAGCCGAGGUGAACAACGUGCUGCGCUUUGAGUCGAAGGUUUCUUUCGAUGCAUUCAAGCGACUAAACGAAGUCUUAAACAGGACAGUGGCAUCAGCAGUCCGCCAUCGCGGACCAUUGGUGCGACAUUCGCGUUCACGUCAGACGGAUCUGCGCUUCUCGUCAGGCUACAGGGAGACGCGUCCGUGGAGCCGCAGCGAAGGCGAAGCAGAAUCCGGAACGAAUGCGACCCAAGGCAACGAUAAGACGCCUGCCUCGUUCAUGUUCAAGACUCGGUUAGAAACGCUGCAUAUUCUCUUCCCAAGUCAUCCAUAUGAUGUACGCGUGAACGCUGCCCGCGAACAGCAACUGACUCCUGCCGAAGCGGUGCGACUCGGAGACGCUCGAGGUGUACUCGAAAGUGAACGACUCAAGGAUCGUUUAUCCUAUCGCUGUGGUGAGCUUUCCAUCGAUAUCACCGUGGUGCACCUUCCCAGAGAGUCGCUCAUGACGUACGAGGUUGAGGUCGAGCUCAUCUUCGACAACCGAGCCGACCAGUGCGCAGAACUUGUACAAGUUUGCACGGACUACCGUCAGCGUCUUGAAUCCGCAGCCCCAUUGGCGCCCCCAAUGGGUCCUUCACCGCCAGCGUUACUCGUCACCAUUGCAGAGACUCUAUUCAACACGCUAGUGGCUCUGAAUAACGUGCUGGCAAGCAUUACCAACUAG